AUGGGCGAUGAUGAUGAGGAGGAUGACUCAUGCCCCCUUUGCAUGCAGCCGAUGGACGAGACGGACAUAUCCUUUUUUCCUUGUUCUUGCAAUUACCAGGUUUGCCUGUUCUGCGUUCAUUACAUCAUGGAGCAGAUGAACGGCAAAUGUCCGGCUUGCAGACAGGACUAUGUGGAGUCCCAGUUCAGGCAUGAUGCGAGUCGCGCUCAGAUUUUCCGAGAAAAACAAGCAGAGAAGAAAAAGGGUGGUAACAAGAAGGAGGAGGCUCCUCGCGAGGAACAGGAAAAAGACGCGCGAGCACGCCAUGCAGAAAAACUGAAGGGCAGAGGUGGACGCCGUGAUUUGGCGGAGGUUCGUGUUGUACAGAGGAAUGUUGUGCACGUCAUUGGCCUCACCACCAAUGUGGCGAAAGCAGAGGUGCUGAGAUGUCCUGAGUACUUUGGCCAGUACGGGAAGCUGCUCCGGGUGACGGUCAGCAAGCUUCCCGUCCAGGCUGGCAGAUUUUUCCCCAGCAGUGUCGUGAAGGUAGUGAAGCUGCUUCUGUCGGUGACCAUCUGCAUGCAGGUCAAGGUGUUCACUAGCGCUGGGUUCGGCGUCAUCAGCUUGCCCGGUGGUGGGAAGGAUGGCAAGAGUGAUGGCAAGAGUGAUGGCAAGGAUGGGAAGGGUGGCAAGGAUGGCUACCAUAAAGGGGAUUGGGUGGAGGACUGUCCUCGGACACGCUAUUGGUCAGAAGGAUCGGAUCUUGUCCGCCUCACAGGCUUUGCCUUCGUCUUGGCAUUCGGGGCACUUCAGGGUCCCCCGGACGGCAAAGAUGGCAAGGACUUCAAGGGCAAAGGCAAGGCGUCAAAGGAAUCUUGGAAUGGUCGGUACCAUGAGCCGGAGGAAGGCGCGGACGAUUAUGCAGACGAGCUCGAGGCUGCCUUCGCUGUCGUCGCAACAGUGAAAGCCAUUUCCGACAUUUUUAAAAAUCGGCUACGGCUGUCAGCGGUGGAUUGCACACAGGGCCAGCAUGGGCCAGCUUUGCCAGGAGCCUUUGUCCAGACCUCAGCUCGUGAUGUUUCCGAUUGUUUCAGUCCUUGCCACAAGAUGCUUGAGAUGCUUGAGAUGCUUGAGCGUCUUGGGCAGGCCUUUGGAGCCAGAAGCAAGUUCCGGGCUACAGGCACGGUACAGAGCAUGUGCACAGUUCUGAAUCCGUGCAUGGUGCAGGGCACAUCGGUUCCUUCAGAGCCAGAAGCCGUUGACGAGCAGGAGGCUUUGGCAUGUUCUGUUGUCCCUUAG